UGGAGGAUCCCAGGGGGAAUAUCCUCAGGAGCCUCAGGAGGACCACCAAGAAACCAAAGCCGAAGGCGCGUCCGUCCCUGACCAAGACCCCGUGGGAGAGCAGCUAUUUUGGGGUACCCCUGACCCACGUGGUGACCCCGGAACGGCCGAUCCCGAUCUUCAUCGAGCGCUGCAUCGAAUACAUCGAGGCCACCGGUUUGAGCACGGAGGGGAUUUAUCGCGUCAGCGGGAACAAAUCGGAGAUGGAAAGUUUGCAGCGCCAAUUCGACCAAGAUCACGGGCUGGACCUGGCCGAGAAGGAUUUCACCGUCAACACCGUGGCCGGGGCCAUGAAAAGUUUUUUCUCGGAGCUGCCGGAGCCGUUGGUGCCCUACGCCAUGCAGGUGGAGCUGGUGGAGGCCCACAAAAUCAACGACCGGGACCAGAAGCUCCACGCGCUCCGGGACGUCCUGAGGAAAUUCCCUCGCGAGAAUUACGAGGUUUUCAAAUACGUCAUCGCACACCUCAACAGGUGGGGCUCAAUUUUGGGCAAUUUUGGGUAA